AAGAGAGAUUUUUGUCUCACCUUCGUCUAUCCCUCAUAUCCUCACCGUUGGUUGCUUUCCAUUACCUAAUCCGACGGUCUCGGAUCUUCAUCUCUCUCCUAUACGCUCCCUCAAUCACAAUCCGUUCGAUUCAGGGCUCUCAUCAGAAUCUCAUUUUCAAUUCCGAUUCGAAUCCGUUCCUUCCCACCAUUUCGAAUUGAACCCUGAGGUCUGUUGGCUUCUCUGCACAAGGUGUUGUGGGUUAUAUAUCAGAUUGAACUGCAAAUUCAAUUUCUUUGGUAAGUAACAUAGUCAGAGGCGUACAACUUUACCUAUAAAGUUAGUUGAAACUUGGAAGGAACAUGGAUGACAUUCACGAGACUGAUCCUGGAAUGCAAAUGGGCGAUGGAGAGAAUGAACUCCAUAUGCCUUAUGAGCAUCACCAUCAGCAUCAGGGGAUGAGUAAUGGGAGUUUGAUGAACGAUGGCGAAGAGCACAACCAUUGCCACGACAACAAUGGUAUUGGGAGUGACACCAUGGCAGAGGUGGACGUAGAUCAGGGUAAUUUUUCAGAUACCCAGGUUAUGAUGGUGGCUGAUCACAGUAUUGAAAAUGGCGAUCAGCUCACUCUUUCCUUUCAGGGUCAAGUUUAUGUCUUUGAUUCUGUUUCACCGGAGAAGGUUCAAGCUGUGCUAUUAUUAUUAGGAGGCCGGGAGGUACCUUUAGGUGCUUCUGCUCUUCCAAUGACCUCUCCUCAGAGUAGUAAGGUACAGGGCCUGACUGCUACCCCUGAAAAGUUUAGUGUGCCACAUAGAUUGGCUUCUCUGCACAGAUUCCGGGAAAAGCGCAAGGAACGUAAUUUUGAUAAGAAAAUUCGAUAUACUGUCCGGAAAGAAGUUGCUCUUAGGAUGCAACGACAUAAAGGCCAGUUCACUUCAGCAAAGCCCAAUCAUGAUGAUUCAGCUUCUGCAGUUACUAGUUGGGGUUCGAGUGAGAGUUGUGGCUCAGACAAUAAUGGUUUGAAGCAUCAGGAGGCCUUUUGUCAGCACUGUGGUACUAGUGAGAAGGCUACUCCAAUGAUGAGGCGUGGACCUGAAGGCCCCAGGACUCUUUGUAAUGCUUGUGGCCUUAUGUGGGCAAACAAGGGAACGCUAAGGGACCUCUCGAAGGCAGCACCCCAGGUUGGACAGGCCACUUCUGCUUUGAAAGGGAACCCUGAGGUGAGCUGGGAAGGUUGAGGCCAGCCAAGGGGGCUCUUGAAAUUCCACGCGGAGAACGAAUGAUGUUUGUGAGGAAGCCGUUUUCUCAGUGCAAAUAUAAAUUGGUUGAAAAUGGAGGUAAGUUAUCAUCUAGAUCACUGGAUGUGGUGAUCUGAACACCCGGUGGAUUGAUUUCGAGGCUGGCUUGAAGGUUUGGUUGUCCUCUCAACUCGGCAAAAUCCAUCAAGUUGCUCAGUUCUGCUUGCCUGGUUCCCUUAGGCAUAGAAGAUGUGCAGUAUGGACUAGGAGUUCGAUGGUUGUAACUACUGUCUAGAAAUGUGGUUGUGGUGUUUUAGAUUUGGAACUGUGAUGGUUCAUUGCUGAUAAAUAAUUAGUUUGAAGACUCUGAUACCAGUGUGAACCUUAGAUCAAUCCUAGAUGAAAAAUCGUAUCUUGUAAAGUGCUAGAUAGCCUUGUGGAACAUAAAAAAGUAUGUAUGAUUCGUUUAGAAAUGGAUAUAAAAGAGUACAAUUAUUGAUUUAAUA